UUGAACCUCCACUACCUCAACCAGAUUCUGAAUGGAAAAAAGCAGAGUGUCUAUUUGAUGAAUUUGAGGAAAUCAGGAACUUUGGGCAACCCGGGUUCUCUAGAUGAGACCACCUAUGAAAGACUAGCAGAGGAAACCCUGGACUCCUUGGCAGAGUUUUUUGAAGACCUUGCAGACAAGCCUUACACGUUUGAGGACUAUGAUGUCUCCUUUGGG